ACAGAGCGACUGGAAAGAGAGCUAGCGGAGAGUACUAGGCGGCCCGCUUGGGGGAAGGGAGUCGGCGGUUCAGUGGGCCUCUGGGGUGUAGUAUGUGUCAGUGCCUGUGAGUGUGUUUUGUGUGUGUGUGUGUGUGUGUGUGUGUGUGUGUGUGUGUGUGUGUGUGUGUGUGUGUCUUUUUCUGGCGGAGGGCCAGGGUGAUUUCCCAUAAACCACAUGCCCCGCCAGCCCGCCCGCUUAAAAGGCUGUGCCGAGGACUGGCCAGCGAAGCUCGGCCAGGGGAAAGUGAAAGUUUGCCUCGGUGCUCUCGGUGUCGCUGCGGCUCUCUGCAUCCCGGGACAGCAGCGUGGCCCUCGACCGCGGCGCAGGCUCUCCAGCCACUAGGGAGCAAGGAAGCGAACGAACCAGGGCGGCCAACACGCCGUGCCGGGACCCAGCUGCCCGUAUGACCGCGCGGGGCGCCGCGGGGCGCUGCCCUUCUUCGACAUGGAUGGGCUCCCGGCUGCUGCUGGUCUGUCUCCUGGUGAGCAGGAGUGUUGCCGAGGUGUCGGAGCACUGUAGCCACAUGAUUGGGAAUGGACACCUACAGAUCCUGCAGCAGUUGAUCGACAGCCAAAUGGAGACUGCAUGCCUGAUCGAAUAUAAAUUUGUAGACCAGGAACAGCUGGAUGAUCCCGUUUGCUACCUAAAGAAGGCCUUUGUUUUGGUACAAGUCAUAAUCGAGGAAACCAUGCGCUUUAAAGACAACACCCCCAACGCCAACGCCACUGAGAGGCUCCAGGAACUCUCUAUGAAACUGAACAGCUGCUUUAUCAAGGACUAUAAGGAACAGAACGAGGCCUGUGUCCAAACUUACAAAGAGAGUCCUCUCCGGUUGCUGGAGAAAAUCAAGAAUUUCUUUAAUGAAACAAAGAAUUUCCUUGAAAAGGACUGGAAUAUUUUUAGCAAGAACUGCAAUGACAGCUUUGCUAAAUGCUCUAGCAGAGAUGUGGUGACCAAGCCUGAUUGCAACUGCCUGUACCCUAAAGCCACCCCUAGCAGCGACCUGGCCUCUGCCUCCCCUCACCAGCCCCCUGCCCCCUCCAUGGCCCCUCUGGCUGACUUGGCUUGGGAUGAUUCUCAGAGGACAGAGGGAAGCUCCCUCUUGCCCAGUGAUCUGCCUCUUCGCAUAGAGGACCCAGGCAGUGCUAAGCAGCGACCGCCCAGGAGUACCUGCCAGACCCUCGAGUCAACAGAGCAACCAAAUCACGAGGACCCACAACCUCAUCCUUCUGCGGGGGCCCCCAUCCCUGGGGUGGAAGACAUUAUUGAAUCUUCAAUGGGCACUAACUGGGUCUUAGAAGAAGCUUCUGGAGAGGCUAGUGAGGGAUUUUUGACCCAGGAAAGGAAGUUUUCCCCCUCCAAUCCUGUAGGGGGCAGCAUCCAGGCAGAGACUGACAGACCCUGGGCCCUCUCAGCAUCUUCUCCAUUCCCUAAAUUAACAGAGGAUCAACAGCCAGCGAAUAUAACAGACACCCCGUUGACAGAGGUGAACCCUAUGAGACCCACUGGCCAGACACUGAAUAAUACUCCUGAGAAGACGGAUGGUUCAUCUACACUGCGCGAAGACCAGCAGGAGCCACGCUCUCCCCAUUUUGCCACACUGAAUCCCCAACGAGUCGGCAACUCAGCCACCCCCUAUGCUAAGUUACUGCCUCCCAAAAGCCACUCUUGGGGCAUUGUACUGCCCCUUGGGGAGCUCGAGGGCAAGAAAAGUACUAGAGAUCGAAGGAGCCCCGCAGAGCUGAAAGGAGGACCAGCAAGUGAGGGGGCAGCCAGGCCUGUGGCCCAAAGUACUAGAGAUCGAAGGAGCCCCGCAGAGCUGAAAGGAGGACCAGCAAGUGAGGGGGCAGCCAUGCCUGUGGCCCGUUUUAAUUCCAUUCCUUUGACCGACACAGGCUCUUCUAUUCAGGAUCCCCAGACCUCUGCGUUUGUCUUCUGGGUGCUAGGCAUCAUCCUAGUCUUGCUGGCUGUCGGGGGCCUCCUGUUCUACAGUUGGAAGUGGAGGAGCCAUCAAGACCCUCGGACAUUGGAUUCUUCUGUGGGGCGACCAGAGGGCAGCUCCCUGACCCAGGAUGAGGACAGACAGGUGGAACUGCCAGUGUAGAAAGGAUUCUAAGCUGGGCACACAGGACUAUCUCUUUAUGGAAGGAGACAUUAUGGCAACGUCCACCACUACCCUCUCCUGUCAUCUUCCUGGGAAUGUGGUCUGCCACUACCAGAGCUCCUGCCUACCAAGACUGGAUGAAAGCAGCUUUGAUGGGGAUCUUUCCAUCCUAACCCUUAGACUCUCAACUAAAGAGAGAGGGCUGGAGGAUGCCCCCAGUAUCCUGCCACUAUUUAUUGUGGGCCCUGGAGGCUCGCUGCAUUUGAGGAAGGGCAGCUCAACAGCUCAGGACCCUUUCCCUUAGGGGCUGUUCCCUCCUCUCAAAACCAGAACCUGGCAAGGGACACACUAGCCUGUAUGGCCCAUGGGAGAUCAGGACAGAUGAGAAGGAGCAGAAGAGCCCUGUGCCCAGAAGACCCAACUGGCGCCAAGGAAUCCCAACAUGGACAGGCAGGGACCUGUUUCCCAAGAAGAGAGCCUGACAUUCAAAGGGUGGGACAGCAUCUGCCCAAUUUCCCGUAAAGGCAUAAAGGCACACAGCCCAAAAAACGGGAAGAGGAGGCCUUUGGCUGCUUGUGAUGACAGCUUAAAGGGGUCUACACCCUCAACUUGCCUAAGUGCCCUCUGCUGAUAGCCAGGAAGGAGGGAGACCAGCCCUCCGGACUUAUCUGACCUGGCUCAUGAUGCCAAGAGGAAGACUGAGCUCUAACCUCGUCUCCUCCUGCCCAUAGCCCCUGCCAGAGUUCUUUUGCCAGCAGAGGCACCCCUCAUGAAGGAAGCCAUUGCACUGUGAAUACUGAACCUGCCUGCUGAACAGCCUGUCCAAUCCAUCCCUAUGAGCGAUCAUCCGUCCGAAUGUUCUCCCACUUCCUUCAACCUCUCCUCAGCUUCUUGCACUGAGCUGGCCUCACAUGUUGACUGAGGGAGCCCCUAAGCCCGACCUUCCCCCGCCUCAGCCUUUGAUUGUCCAGGGUGAAGCUGUGGGAGAACUGCCUGGGCUACCAGUCAGAGCUGGUCUUUAGGCUGUGUUCCUUACCCAGGUUUCUGCAUCUUGCACUUUGACAUUCCCAGGAGGGAAGUGACUAGGGGAAGGGAGAGAAGAAGGGGAGACAGAGACAAAGGCCACAGGCAGAGCUAUGAAUGAGAAUGGGUCUUGAAAAUAUGUGUGUACCCCUAAGCUUGAAGUUGAUCUCUAUACUCCAGCCCCUCGCCAGCUGCCUUCCCUACUGCCUGAAGCCUGGAGCUGAGCAGGUUGUCUGGUCCUGAGCUCUGGGGACCGAGCUCCGUGCUCCAGCCCCACCCUCUUCUGGCCUUUGCUCUCCAGACCUGACUCCGGUAGGGAAGGAUACCUUCCCAGUCUCACCUACCCCACCCUGCCAUCUGUAGCCAAGCAAGCCAAGUCUAGAGAGGGAUCAAAAAAAUGGAUCAUUUACUUCCAACUCUGCUCUGAUGCUCUGUUUCCUGGGCCAGGCUAGUCUGUGGUGACCUGGGCAUGGGUGACAAGGCUCUUACUUGCUCCUUGGUCUCUUUAUGCUGCUGCCCCCCCUUUCCUGCCCUCCCUGGCUACUGGGUCGCUAAUCUUUCAGGCCAUGGAUCCGGAGGAGAGUGGUCUAUAGGCUCCACCAGCCCUGUCCUGAGACAGCAGGGGGGUGAGGACACUGGAGACUUUCCCAUGGGGCUUACUUAGCCUUCUAGUUACAGACUAUUUCCACACUAGAAAAUACGUAUUUUUAAAUAGAAGGAAAAACACAGAAACAAACAAAAGGCAUUCUCCUACCCCUCCAUCUUAAACAUACAUUAUUAAAGACAGAAGAGCAAAUCCAACCCAUUGCAAGAGGCUCUUUGUGGGUGCUUGGUUGCAUAAGAGCAGGAGGAGCCCCAAACCCACCUUUGGAGCUUCCCUGCACAGGAACCCCUUCUUCCCUCCAAGAAAGCCCAGAGGGAGCACUGCCUCACCAACUGUGAGACUGCGUUUUUUUAUACUUGGAAGUGGUGAAUUAUUUUAUAUAAGGUCAUUUAAAUAUCUAUUUAAAAAAUAGGAAGCUGCUUUUAUAUUUAAUAAUAAAAGAAGUGCACAAGCUGCCA